AUGAGGAAACACCGACAUUUGCCCUUGGUGGCCAUCUUUUGCCUUUUUCUCUCAGGCUUCUCAUUAACUCGUGCACAGCAACAAGCAGCACAAGACUCUGCUGACAUUAUUUUCCUUAUUGAUGGAUCAAACAACACCGGAAGUGUCAAUUUCACAGUCAUUCGCGACUUCCUUGUCAAUCUCCUUGAGAGACUGUCAGUUGGAGCUCAGCAGAUCCGAGUGGGGGUGGUCCAGUAUAGCGAUGAGCCCAGAACCAUGUUCUCCUUGGACACCUACCCCACCAAGGCUCAGGUUCUGGAUGCGGUCAAAGCCCUUGGGUUCAUUGGUGGGGAGUUGGCCAAUAUCGGCUUUGCCCUUGAUUUCGUGGUGGAGAAUCACUUCACCCGGGCAGGGGGCAGCCGUGUGGACGAAGGGGUUCCCCAGGUGCUGGUGCUCAUAAGUGCCGGGCCUUCUAGUGACGAGAUCCACGACGGGGUGGUGGCGCUGAAGCAGGCUAGCGUGUUCUCUUUCGCCCUCGGAGCCCAGGCCGCCCCCAGGGCAGAGCUUCAGUACAUAGCUACCAAUGACAACUUGGUGUUUACUGUCCCGGAAUUCCGUAGCUUUGGGGACCUCCAGGAGCAAUUACUGUCGUACAUUGUUGGCGUGGCCCAAAGGCUCAUUGUCUUGCAACCGCCAACCAUUGUCACACAAGUCAUCGAAGUCAACAAGCGGGACAUACUUUUCCUGGUGGAUGGCUCAUCAGCACUGGAACUGUCCAACUUCAAUGCCAUCCGUGACUUCAUUAUCAAGGUCAUCCAGAGGCUGGAAAUUGGACAGGAUCUCAUCCAGGUGGCAGUGGCUCAGUACGCAAACAGUGUGAGGCCGGAGUUUUACUUCAGUAGCUACCCCGGCAAGAGGGAAGUCAUUACUGCUGUGCGGAGAAUGAAGCCCAUGGGAGGCUCGGCCCUGAACACGGGUGCUGCUCUGGACUUCGUUCGGAACAACCUGUUCACUAGUGCGGCAGGGCACCGGGCCGCCGAGGGGGUCCCCAAGCUCCUGGUGCUGAUUACAGGUGGUAAGUCCCUAGACGAAGUCAGCCAGCCGGCCCAGGAGCUGAAGAGGAGCGGCAUCCUGUGUUUUGCGGUUGGGAGCAAGGCUGCUGACCAGGCGGAGUUGGCGGACAUGGCCUUCGAUUCGUCGCUGGUGUUCACCCCGGCUGAGUUCCAAACUGCCCCUUUGCAGGGCAUGAUGCCCAGCUUGCUGGCACCUCUCAGGACCAUCUUUGGAACUGCGGAAGUUCACGUAAACCCAAGGGAUAUCAUCUUUCUUUUGGAUGGAUCACUCAACGUUGGAAAGACCAACUUCCCCUAUGUGCGGGACUUUGUAAUGAAUGUAGUUAACAGCCUUGAUGUUGGAAGUGACAGUAUUCGUGUGGGUUUAGUGCAAUUUAGUGACACUCCGGUCACGGAGUUCUCCCUAAACACGUACCAGACAAAGUCAGAUUUGCUUGCUCACCUGAGACAGCUGCAGCUCCAGGGGGGUUCAGGCCUGAACACGGGCUCGGCCCUGCGCUAUGUCCAUGCCAACCACUUCAUCGAAGCUGGCGGUAGCAGGAUCCGCGAACACGUCCCGCAGCUCCUGCUCCUGCUCACGGCGGGGCGGUCUGAGGACUCCUAUUUGCAAGCCGCCAAUGCGCUAGCCCGUGAGGGCAUCCUGACCUUUUGUGUGGGAGCUAACCAGGCGGAUAAGGCCGAGCUUGAGCAGAUUGCUUUUAACCCGAGCCUGGUGUAUCUCAUGGAUGAUUUCAGCUCCCUGCCAGCUUUGCCGCAGCAGCUGAUUCAGCCCCUAACCACAUAUGUUAGUGGAGGUGUGGAGGAAGUGCAACUCGCCCAGCCAGAGAGCAAGCGAGACAUUCUAUUUCUCUUUGAUGGCUCAGCCAAUCUUGUGGGCCAGUUCCAUGUUGUCCGUGACUUUCUCUACAAGGUGAUCGAUGAGCUAGAUGUGAAGCCGGAUGGGACCCGAAUUGCGGUGGCUCAGUACAGCGACAAUGUCAGGGUCGAGUCUCAUUUUAAUCAGCACCAGAAUAAGCCCGAAAUCCUGAAUCUUGUGAAGAGAAUGAAAUUCAAGACUGGCAAAACCCUCAACGUGGGCUAUGCCCUGGAUGAUGCACUCAGAUCCAUUUACGUGAAGUCUGCUGGGAGCCGGAUGGAGGAUGGGGUGCCCCAGUUCCUGGUGCUACUGGUGGCGGGACGCUCGUUUGAUAGCGUGGAAGAGCCGGCACGCCUGCUGAAGCAGAGUGGGGUGGUACCUUUCGUGUUACAGGCCAAGAACGCAGACCCUGCCCAGUUAGAGCUGGUAGUACCAUCCCCCGCCUUUAUCCUGGCUGCGGAGUCGCUUCCCAAGAUUGGAGAACUUCAACCACAGAUUGUGAAUCUCCUAAAAACAGAGCCUCCAUCAGUUUCAGCUGAAAAGGAUGUGGUGUUUCUGCUCGAUGGCUCUGAUGGUGUCAGGAGCGGCUUCUCCCUGUUGAAGGAUUUUGUCCAGAGAGUGGUGGAGAGCCUGGAUGUGGGCCCAGACCGAGUGCGUGUGGCUGUGGUGCAGUACAGUGACCGGACCAGGCCAGAGUUCUACCUGAAUUCAUACAUGGAUCAGCAGAGUGUGGUCAGUGCCAUUCGAAGGCUGGCACUGCUGGGAGGGCCGACCCCCAACACCGGGGCUGCCCUGGACUUUGUCCUGAAGAAUAUCCUGAUUAGCUCUGCCGGAAGCAGGAUAGCAGAAGGCGUUCCCCAGCUCCUGAUCGUCCUCACAGCAGACAGGUCCGGGGACGAUGUGAGAGGCCCCUCGGUGGUCCUGAAGAGGGGCGGGGCCGUGCCCAUUGGCAUCGGCAUCGGGAACGCCGACAUCACGGAGAUGCAGACCAUCUCCUACAUCCCAGGCUUCGCCGUGGCGGUUCCCACCUUCAGGCAGCUGGAGAACGUCCAGCAGGACAUCUCCCAGAGGGUGACCCAGCUCAGCAAGGAAGAGGUGAGCAAGAUCCAGCCGGAGCUGGUUCCUCCACCGAGGCCAGGCACAGGCAGCAAGAAGGAUGUGGUCUUUCUCAUUGAUGGGUCCCAGCGUGCUGGCCCUGAGUUUCAGUACAUCCGCAACCUCAUUGAGAGACUGGUGGACUCGCUGGAUGUGGGCUUUGACACGACCCGGGUGGCAGUCAUCCAGUUCAGUGAGGGCACCGAUGUGGAGUUCUUGCUCAACGAAUACACCAGCAAGGAGGAGGUGCAGAAUGCGGUGAGGCGGCUGCGGCCCAAGGGCGGUCGGCAGAUCAACGUUGGGAAUGCCCUGGAGUUUGUGUCAAAAAAUAUCUUCAAGAGGCCACUGGGGAGCCGGAUUGAAGAGGGUGUUCCUCAGUUCCUGGUCCUCAUUUCAUCUGGAAAAUCCGGGGACGAGGUGGACGACGCGGCAGCAGAGCUCAAGCAGUAUGGCGUGGCACCAUUUACCAUCGCCAGGCAUGCGGACCAGGAGGAGCUGGUUAAGAUCUCCCUGAGCCCUGAGUACGUGUUCUCAGUGAGCACCUUCCGGGAGCUGCCCAGCCUGGAGCAGAGGCUGCUGACGCCCAUCACGACCCUGACCUCAGAGCAGAUUCAGCAGAUGCUGGCCCGCGCUCCCUACCCUCCUCCUGCUGCCGAGAGUGAUGCUGCCGACAUUGUCUUCCUCAUUGACAGCUCCGACAGUGUGAGGUCUGAAGGCAUUGCACACAUCCGAGACUUUAUCAUCAGGAUUGUCCGAAGGCUCAACGUUGGCCCCAAUAAAGUGAGAAUUGGGGUUAUGCAGUUCAGCAAUGAGGUCUUCCCGGAAUUCUACCUGAAGACCCAUAAGUCCCAGGCCACUGUACUCGAUGCCCUCCGCCGCCUGAGGUUCAGAGGUGGGUCUCCACUGAAUACCGGCAAAGCUCUGGAAUAUGUGGCAAGAAAUUUCUUCGUCAAGUCUGCUGGGAGCCGGAUAGAAGAUGGGGUGCCCCAACACCUGGUUCUGUUUCUGGGUGGAAAAUCCCAGGAUGACGUUUCCCAGUUUUCACAGGUGAUACGCAACUCAGGGAUCGUGAGUUUAGGGGUCGGAGACCGAAACAUCGACAGAACGGAGAUGCAAACUAUCACCAACAACCCCAGACUGAUCUUCACAGUGCGAGAAUUCAGAGAUCUUCCCAAUGUAGAAGAGAGGAUCAUGAACUCAUUUGGACCCUCGGGGGUCACACCUGCACCACCGGGAGUAGACACACCCUCUCCCCCUCGAACAGAUAAAAAGAAAGCCGACAUUGUGUUCCUGUUGGACGGCUCCAUCAACUUCCAGAGGAGCAGCUUCCAGGAGGUGCUCCACUUCGUGUCUGAGAUCGUGGACACGGUUUAUGGACAAGGAGACUCCAUCCAGGUGGGGCUGGUGCAGUACAACUCCGACCCCACCGACGAGUUCUUCCUGAAGGAGUUCUCCACCAAGCAGCAGAUUAUCGAUGCCAUCAACAAGGUGAUCUACAAAGGGGGGAGGCACGCGAACACCAAGGUGGGCAUCGAGCACCUGCGGCUGAAUCACUUUGUGCCGGACGCGGGCAGCCGCCUGGAUCAGCGGGUUCCUCAGAUUGCAUUUGUGAUCACCGGCGGGAAAUCCACGGAGGAUGCUCAGGAGGCGAGCCUGGCGCUCACCCAGAGAGGUGUCAAAGUGUUCGCAGUGGGCCUGGGAAACAUCGACUCAGUGGAGGUUGGGAAGAUUGCGUCCAACAGCGCCACAGCCUUCCGUGUAGGGAACAUCCAGGAGCUGUCGGAGUUGAAGGAGCAGGUGUUGGAAACUCUGGACGAUGCCAUGAAUGAGAUCUUAUGUCCAGGGGUGACGGAUGUUUCCAAAGCCUGUAAUCUGGAUGUGAUUCUGGGGUUUGAUGGUUCAAGAGAUCAGAAUGUCUUUGUGACUCAGAAAGGCCUAGAGUCUAAGGUGGACAUCAUCCUGAAUAGAAUCAGCCAGAUGCAAAGACUCAGCUGCAGUGGCGGCCAGAUGCCCACCGUGCGGGUGUCUGUGGUGGCCAACACGCCAUCGGGCCCUGUGGAGGCCUUCGACUUUGCCGAGUACCAGCCGGAGCUAUUUGAGAAGUUCCGGAACAUGCGCAGCCAGCACCCCUACGUCCUCACUGCAGACACGCUGAAGGCCUAUCAGAGCAAGUUCAGGCAGUCCUCGCCGGACAGUGUGAAGGUGGUCAUUCAUUUUACUGAUGGGGUGGACGGAGAUAUGGCUGAUUUACAAAAGGCAUCGGAGGAACUUCGACAAGAAGGUGUCCAAGCCCUAAUCUUGGUGGGCCUGGAGCGCGUGGCCAACCUGGAGCAGCUGAUGCAUCUGGAGUUCGGGCGAGGGUUCAUGUACAACAGGCCCCUGAGGCUCAACUUGCUGGACCUGGACUACGAGCUCGCGGAGCAGCUGGACAACAUCGCUGAGAAAGCUUGCUGUGGGGUACCCUGCAAAUGCUCUGGACAAAGAGGAGACCGAGGACCCAUCGGCAGCAUCGGGCCAAAGGGUAUUUCUGGAGAAGAUGGCUACCGAGGUUAUCCUGGUGACGAGGGUGGACCCGGCGAACGUGGUCCUCCUGGUGUGAACGGCACUCAAGGUUUCCAGGGCUGUCCCGGCCAGAGAGGAAUAAAGGGCUCUCGAGGAUUCCCAGGAGAGAAGGGUGAAUUAGGGGAAAUCGGACUGGAUGGUCUCGACGGGGAAGAUGGAGACAAAGGAGUGCCUGGUUCUUCUGGAGAGAAAGGGAAUCCCGGGAGAAGGGGUGACAAAGGACCUAAAGGGGACAGAGGAGAACGAGGAGAUGCUGGAAUUCGAGGGGACCCGGGUGACUCGGGACGGGACAGCCAGCAGAGAGGACCCAAAGGAGAAACCGGAGACAUUGGGCCCAUGGGCCUUCCUGGGAGAGACGGUGUGGCUGGAAGGCCUGGAGAUCCCGGCAAGGAUGGCGGCUAUGGCCGAAGGGGACCGGCAGGAGCUAAGGGCAACAAGGGUGGUCCAGGCCAGCCGGGCUCUGCAGGAGAGCAGGGGACCAGAGGUGCACAGGGUCCAGCUGGUCCCACUGGCCCUCCAGGCCUGAUGGGAGAACAGGGCAUUCCUGGCCCUCGGGGGAGCGGAGGGACCGCAGGUGCUCCGGGAGAACGCGGAAGAACCGGUCCCCUGGGAAGAAAGGGUGAGCCCGGAGAUCCAGGACCAAAGGGAGGAAUCGGGAACCGGGGUCCCCGUGGGGAGACGGGAGAUGAUGGUCGAGAUGGGAUUGGCAGUGAAGGGCGCAAAGGCAAAAAGGGAGAAAGAGGAUUUCCUGGAUACCCAGGUCCAAAGGGUACCUCUGGCGACCCAGGAACAGGGGGAGCACCAGGACCCAAAGGCAUCAGAGGUCGAAGGGGAAAUUCAGGACCUCCAGGGACAGUGGGACAGAAGGGAGACCCUGGCUACCCGGGACCAUCUGGUCACAAAGGCAACAGAGGCGACUCGAUCGAUCAAUGUGCCCUUGUCCAGAGCAUCAAAGAUAAAUGUCCUUGCUGCUAUGGGCCCCUGGAGUGCCCCGUGUUCCCCACGGAACUGGCCUUUGCUUUGGACACCUCUGAGGGGGUCACCCAAGAUGCCUUUAGCCGAAUGAGGGACGUGCUCUUGAAAAUCGUGGGCGACUUGACCAUUGCCGAGAGCAACUGCCCGAGGGGGGCCCGCGUGGCGGUGGUCACCUAUAAUAAUGAGGUGACCACGGAGAUCCGGUUUGCUGACUCCAAGAAGAAGUCCGUCCUCCUGGACAGGAUCAAGAACCUUCAGGUGGCUCUGACGUCCAAGCAGCAGAGCCUGGAGACUGCCAUGUCCUUUGUGGCCAGAAACACGUUCAAGCGAGUGAGGAAUGGAUUUCUGAUGAGGAAAGUGGCCAUUUUCUUCAGCAAUAAGCCCACGAGGGCAUCCCCACAGCUCAGGGAGGCUGUGCUGAAGCUGUCAGAUGCCGGGAUCACGCCCUUGUUCCUCACCAGCCAGGAGGACCGUCAGCUGGUCAAUGCCCUGCAGAUCAAUAACACAGCUGUGGGGCAUGCACUGGUCCUGCCUGCCAGGAGGGACCUCACAGACUUCCUGAAGAACGUCUUGACUUGUCACGUUUGCUUGGACAUCUGCAACAUCGAUCCAUCUUGUGGAUUCGGCAGCUGGAGGCCUUCCUUCAGGGACCGGCGAGCAGCGGGCAGCGAUGUGGACAUCGACAUGGCUUUCAUCUUAGACAGCUCAGAGUCCACCACCUUGUUCCAAUUCGAUGAGAUGAAGAAGUACAUAGGGUACCUGGUCAGACAGCUGGACCUGAGCCCCGACCCCAAGGCUUCCCAGCACUUUGCCCGAGUGGCCGUGGUGCAGCAUGCACCCUAUGAGUCCAUGGGCAAUGCCAGUGUGCCACCCGUAAAGGUGGAAUUCUCCCUGACUGACUAUAGCUCCAAGGAGAAGCUAAUGGAUGCCCUGGGCAACAGGAUGGUACAGCUGCAGGGAUCCAGGUCCUUGGGCCGUGCCAUUGACUACACCAUAGAUCAUGUCUUUGAAAAUGCGCCCAACCCACGGGACCUGAAAAUCGUGGUUCUGAUGCUGACGGGGGAGGUACAGAAGCAACAGCUGGAGGAGGCCCAGAGAGCCAUCCUGCAGGCCAAGUGCAAGGGCUACUUCUUUGUGAUUCUGGGCAUUGGCAGGAAGGUCAACGUCAAGGAGGUAUACAGCUUCGCCAGCGAGCCAAGUGAUGUCUUCUUCAAGCUCGUGGAUAAGUCCACUGAGCUCAAUGAGGAGCCUCUCAUGCGCUUUGGGAGGCUGUUGCCGUCUUUUGUCAGCAGUGAAAAUGCUUUUUAUUUGUCCCCUGAUAUCAGGAAACAGUGCACUUGGUUCCAAGGGGACCAACCGGCAAAGACUCUUGUGAAAUUUGGUCACAAACAAGUAAACACACCGAAUAAUGUUACUUCAAGUCCUACAUCCAAACCAGUGGCCGUGGUCAACCUGCCGGCCUCAAAGCCGGCCGCCUCGAGACCUGCAGCUGCAAGACCUGUGCCUGCCAAGCCUGAGGCCUCAAAGAUGGCCACAGUCAGACCUGCAGUGGCCGCAAAGCCAGCCGCAGCAGCAAAGCCAGUAGCAACAGCAAAGCCGGCGGCAGCAGCAAAGCCUGCGGCAGCAGCAAAGCCACCAGUGGCAGCAAAGCCUGAGGCCCCCAAGCCCCAGGCAGCCAGACUGGCCACCACCAAGUCAGCCACUGCUAAGCCCGUGGCCAAGUCUGCCCGAGAGGUCCAGGUGCUGGAGAUCACUGAGAACAGCGCCAAACUCCACUGGGAGAGGCCGGAGCCCCCCAGCCCUUACUUUUACGACCUCACCGUUACCUCAGCCCAUGACCAGUCCCUAGUUCUGAAGCAGAACCUCACAGUCACGAACCAUGCCAUCGAGGGCCUGCGCUCCGGGCACACGUACCACGUGGUGGUGGUCUGCUACCUGAGGUCUCAGGUUAAGGCCAUCUACCAUGGAAGUUUCAGUACAAGGAAAACUCAGCCUCCACCUCCACAACCAGCAAGGUCGGCCUCUAGUGCAACCGUCAAUCUCAUGGUGAGCACAGAACCGCUGGCUGAGAAUGAAAUAGAUAUAUGUAAGCUGCCCAAAGAGGAAGGAACGUGCAGAAAUUUUGUGUUGAAAUGGUACCACAACGCGCAGACUAAGACCUGUGGGCGGUUCUGGUAUAGAGGGUGCGGCGGAAACGAAAACAGAUUCGAUUCACAAGAAGAAUGCGAGAAGGUUUGCUCUCCUGGGCUUGUCAACCCCAAAGUCAUGGCUGUGAUCGGGACCUAAGCAUGGCCGACCAGGGACACAUACCUCUUGAAGAAGAAGGAGUCAGCCAGUCCAAGCCAUCUUCACAGAAGCUCUGGGUAUAGAUUCCCUGGCACCGUACCAUUUCAUGCUUUGAUUUACACUCGAACUUGGGGAGCCGUCUGCCGCACGACCUAUCAACAUGGUGCUAGUGUGCCUGUGGACCCACGCUCUGGUCCCCAGGCAGUGACCGCGUAUACUUGCAACGUGUGUAAUAGUUAGCCACUGCUGGUGUCUGUGUGAACAUGUCUAUACACUCAAAUCCCCUCUGCAGUUUCACGUUCUGCCUGAUCCAGGCAAACGUAAGGUCUAGAAAAUAGCCCCCAACUUCACAGCUACUCUCUAUCCUUCCGCUUGGUUCGUCUCUUUCCUUCUCAGUUAAGCACGACUUUAGAUGGAUAGCCUGUUCUGGCGAAUAAACAACUACCCAACGUUUCCAUUUUUCUCCCCAAAUCCUGGAUUAGAGUCCAAGAGAAUUUUCUUUUUCUAAAGCUUCUAACAAACCAUCUGGUUGGAAGGAAGCAGAAUCUCUUAAUCUCUGUGCACUGCUACGGGACCAAUGCCUUCAUUAAAGAAUGAAAAGAAAGUCAUAAUAGAGAAUAUUUUUGGCAUUCCUCUAAUGUUGUGUUUUUUGUUUAUUUUUUUUGGU